AUGGCCUGGAUCUUGAAGAAAAGCAUCAGGAAGACCAAGAUUCGGAAUGAGCUGAAGCUUGCAAGAAAUAUGAAGAAUCACUCCAAAAGGUAUGUGCAGAUUGAAAUCUGGGAAACGGUUGAAGGAACGAGUGGUAAGGAUUUAAGUCCCCGUGGGAAGCGGCAGCCACUCUCCGAUGUGUUCUUAAUUUGCUUUUCCCUUGUGAGCCCAGCAUCCUUCGAAAACGUCCGUGCAAAGUGGUAUCCAGAGGUGCGGCACCACUGCCCCAAUACCCCCAUCAUCCUAGUGGGAACCAAACUUGAUCUCCGAGACGACAAGGACACUAUAGAAAAGCUCAAGGAGAAGAAGCUGACGCCAAUCACCUACCCACAAGGCCUUGCCAUGGCGAAGGAGAUCGGUGCAGUCAAGUACCUAGAAUGCUCAGCACUUACGCAGCGGGGCCUGAAGACAGUCUUCGACGAAGCCAUCCGAGCCGUCCUGUGCCCCCCUCCAGUCAAGAAGAGGAAGAGAAAAUGCCUGCUGCUCUAAUGCUGCUGCUGCUUUCAUCCCCCCCUCCCCCCCCCCCAAAAAAACCUUUUGUGCUUUGCUUGGAAUAACGGAGCAUUCCUGCAUUUCUGUUUUUUGUUUUUGUUUUAAAUUGGUUAUCUCUCCCCUUCAGGUUAUCCUAAAACAGCCAUCUUACAUAUUUCCCUUUGUUUAAAAAAGUUAGCUUCUUCCUUCCUUCUCCUUUUUUAAAAAAGACAUAUAAAGGCCUUACUUCUCCCCAACCCCCAACCCUUUUUUCCCUGCUCCGCUUAAUCAAUCAACUGUUGCCAAACUUUCUGCUCCUUACUCUUCUUGGAUUGCUGUGCUUUGUUAUGUGAAGCCACCAGACCUGUUUUGUUUUUUUUUCCUUGCAGAGUCAGGCAGGUGUCUUUAAAAAUACUAAUGUUUUAUUACCAGCUGCAACACUUUAAUCGGGUUUUCCCAGGAAGAAGAAAAAAAAAAAGUUGCUGUCUAAAAAUGCCCUCGUUCAUCCGACAGCUCCUUCACACCCAUCUUUCAUGCUUGAACAAAUGCAAUAAUUGACAACUCCAGAUUAACCCUUCCCCUUUUUUAAUAUAUAUAUAUAUAUAUAUAUAUAUACAUAUGUCAAAUCAACUAAGGUCUGUGAUUAAAGCAAAUUUUUUUUCCUAGAAAUGUAUUUGUCUUCCUUCACGGCAGAAUACUAUUUCCUCGGAGGAAAGACAACUGACUUGGUGGAACAGAAUUGACCAGACAGUAUUUCGACACUGUAAAGAUCAAUUUACACUACAUUUUCAACACACUAGUUUAAAACCAAGGGGGUAUUAUUUUCUCUCUUGUAUGAUUAAAAAAAACCCACAAAAGGACUCCUUCCAGCAGCCAAUGAACAGCUGAGCAGCAGGUUGGAGUGUUUUUCUAGAAUAUUUGUUCAUAUUAUUUUGGUAGGACUUUAAGCUUAUUACAAUUUUGAGCUAGUCCUCUCUCCCACAUGUUCUUGCUGGAUGCUUUUCUGAUAGAAUCUCCUCCUGAGCAAUAUUAAUUUGUAUUUUAAAUCAUUUUUAAAAAAUUUGUAUUAGCCACUUAUUUUUUGAUGAUAAGAGUAGUCAAACGUAGCCUUCUAUCUCCCCCCCCCCCGUCCUAAUUAUGUACAUGGUUUAAACCAGGUGUCUCCAACCUUAGCAAUUUUAAGACUUGUGGACUUCAACUCCCCGAGUUCCUCAGCCAGCUUGCUGAAAUUGAAGUCCACAAGUCUUAAAAGUUGCCAAGGUUAGAGACCCCUGGUUUAAAAAGCUUUCUUCAGUCUUGAAGAUAACUUGGUGUAAAAACCAAGGGCAGCUGAUCAAUCACUUUUUUAAAAAAUAAUUUCACCCCACUUUUUCCCUCUGGCUAAUGUCUCUUUUAUCUGCCAGGUAUCCUGAAGCUGUAUUAAUUUUACCAACACUGACAUGGCUCAUUUUUAACGUUUUCAAGAUCCUGGUCUAAUAAAGGUAAUCAGGCUUGUGAGGUUCUGUACGUCAGAUGCUGGCAAGAACACGUUGAUUUCUUCCCCCAACAACCUUUCAAUUACUAGAACAAAUAUAUAUAUAUAUAUAUAAAUAUAAAUAUAUAUAAAUGGAGUUUGCAAGAUUGUGAAGUUUUUACAUUGGAUCUUUUUUGGUAAAUGCAAGUUAGCAGUCUGUUUUGCAUGUAUGACUUAAUAAAUUCUUAAAUCAC